UCUAUUAUUAAGAUUAACAACAUUGAUGUUUUAUUCAUCGAAAUAAUACAUGUUUUAUGUGGGAGUCUUGAAGGGUGAGUGGUAUCUUCUUAUCUCGGUUAAUCUGCAAAUUUUCCAAAAUGUCAAACUACUUCUUUAAUACGAGUCACUGAGCAAUUAGAAAUAUUUUAUUACUUUGGGGGGGAUUACUAUUGUACUUUUCAGUUGAAGCCUAAUUGAAUAUUUAUAGCUCAGUUUGACAUUUUCCUUCAUUAGUGGAUUGCAGAUAUAAAUUUGCAUUCUCGGGAAUAAACAGGUGUGAAAUCUCACCUUUGCUGUUUGGCAGAGUGACAAAAUACAUAAGAUUGUUUUGGAAUAUGAUUUUAAAGACAGAUCUUUCGUGAGAACAGUCCUCGGCCUUGAGAUGCAGUUUAUAUCCUGUGUCCGCUGUGUGACAGGAUGUCGAUACUCACUUUAAGCUUCUUAGGGCGCUAAUGAAAGUGGCCGCAUAUUGUCCAGGGGACAGAUGGUUUCUGGCUUGAUUAAGUUUUAAUUUUCCUGACGGGAAAAGCUGGCAGGCUUUGCUCGUCGGAGUGAUCCCGCUGUGUUCACAGUCCAACAUAUCUCUCACAUCACAUCCUGCCUUAAAGGUAGUAACUCCAGGUAGAGCAGCUCAAGUGUGAAACUGCAGGUUUUCGCUGAGCAGACGUGUUGACUGUUAUCUCAGCUGGGGCGUUAUUUAGCAGCACGCAGGUGGUCUCGCGACUUUUUUUUUUCUCUCUCGCUCGUGCUUAGAAUUUAGGCAAAAAACUUCUGAAACUGGAGUUUUUUCUGCUUCAAACUUUUGCAUCUUUGCCCAAACCAUCAUCAUAUAUAUUAUGCAUGAUGUUAACCCAGACACUGACGGAGGCUUCUGCAGCGACUUAUCAUGCAUAUCAAUAACCUGAGCAGAGGCAAGAUGAAGAUGAACAUAUUGGCCGGACCAUUACACUGGGGCCUCCUGCUUCUAUGUAUACUAGGCUUCUGCAGCCAGCUUGUGUCCGCUGGCAACCAAAGCUCUCGAGGACAGACAGGGUCAUCACAGGAGAGGACAGGGACUUGUGAAGUGGUUGCUGCUCAUCGUUGCUGCAAUAAGAACAAGAUUGAGGAACGCUCUCAAACAGUCAAGUGCUCCUGCUUCCCAGGACAGGUGGCGGGGACAACAAGGGCUCUGCCCUCUUGUGUUGAAGCCUCCAUUGUUCGUCAGAAGUGGUGGUGUAAAAUGGAGCCGUGUCUGGAGGGGGAAGAGUGCCGUGUUCUCCCUGACCUCACUGGUUGGUCAUGCAUCUCUGGGAACAAAGUAAAGACCACAAAGGUGGCACGGUAG